UUUAGAGUCACUGUUCACGUGCUGUACUUUGCUUUUAUAAUUCAUAUUUGAUUUAGUCUAGAACAUAGGAUUGUGUUUUGAUUUAUUUUACAAUAUUGUGAAUCACGAUAAAAACUCACAAUGGUUAAGUCUGGGAAAAGAAAGUUUGUAAAAAAGGAAAAAGCCAAAGUCCAUUUAAAAGUCUCACACAAGACACUACUACCCAAAGGACAAAAUGUGACCGAUACGAAUUUCAAAGUACGCAAGAUCGUGUUACAUGGCCAACUUAAAGAACGUGGUGAGCAUGAGAUAUUGUCCAAGGGAAACUUAAACAUCAAGGAAUUAUUGUCAAGACUAAAUCAUCAUAACAUGUGGCAAAGGCAGUCUGGACUUGAAGGUCUUAUAGACUUGGUAGCUUCUUAUCCUCCACAAACCAUGGCUGUUCACUUGUCGUCAUUCUUAGAAGCAGCUUCACGUUUAACACUAGAUUGUGAGGCGGACAUUCGCCAAUUGGCUGUCAAGUUAUUAUCAUCAAUAUUAACAGCAGUAGAUGAAAAGCAGAUAGCUCCUUCUUUUGAAAUUGUCAUCAGAUACUUAGCUUGUGCCAUGAGUCACAUAAACUCUGCUGUAAGAGAGACGUCUCUUAACGUAUUGGAUGUUCUUAUAACUAAAAAUCCGAAACUUACAGCAAUUCAUUGUCAGACUGUAGUGUUACCAGGGUUUUUAGAUUUAAUAUCUUCAAAACUAAGUGAUACAACUUCUCGGAAACUUACUGUACAAAUCAAUGAACAUACUACUACAAGUGUUUGGAGAUUAAAAGUAUUAAAUAGUUUACGUUCAUUGUUGAGUGCGAUUGUCAAAAAUACUUCAUUUGGAUCAGAAAAUUCUUCAAAUCUAAAUAGAACAGUCAAUUGGAAAGAUUCUUGUCGUUUGCAUGUCCCAUUAUACAAUUCCAUAAGUUUGAAAGCUGGUCCUUUGGAUUUCAACAUCUUUCAAAAAACUGAAAAGAAUUCUUCAACAACUGAAAUACAGAAUUAUACAGCAUCAUUGAUGCCUCUUUUAAUUGAUACUUUCAUUGAAGUGGCUCCCAGCAAACGAGAAAAUAAAAACAGUUCGGAAAUUUCAUUACAAACAGCAUCAAUAUUGAAAUGUAUAUUGGAUAUUAUCCUUUUGUUAUGGAAAAUUUUUCAAACUUCUGAUAAUCCGUCAGAAAUGAUGUCUUGGUUUAGCAUUAACUAUGGUCCUAAGAUUUGUCAAACAUUUAUAUCAACUGGUUUUCCAUUUAUUACACUCAACAGUGGUGGCCGUACUCCAGAUAAAGUCAAAAAGCACAAAACUGACACAGAUGUGGUUUUAGAUUUAUUUGGAGAUAGUAUGGUACAAUCUGAUACAAAGUGUUCCAAACAAAAUAUAGACCUGUGCCUUGUAUAUUUUUUACUUAGUAAAUACAAAGUAUUACCUGUACCAGUUAAAGUCAUAUCUUUAUAUAUUAACAAUUCAUUAAAUUCAUACAAGUCAAUUGAUCAUCAAUCUUUUGUCGUGCUAAUGCAUUGUCUAGAAACUGUAUCUGACAAUGAUGACUUAAUUAAACCAAAGGACUCCUUUGAUUUGAAUUCUGUCAUAGAAAAAUUAGUUAAUAUUCACAAUGAAAUGGUAACUACUGAUGGUCGUCAUCGUCAAGAGAAAACCAAGUUAGUUUUUAACUUCUUGUGUUCAAUUACGUCAAAAACACAUUUGAAAAUAGCUGAAGAAGUCGAAGAUUUUAGUAGCUGGCUGACUUUGUUGCCAGAAUUCAUGUGCCAACGCAAAGUACCAUAUCAUUUAGUGAAAGCUCUAUCAAAUGUGUCAAGAUAUAAUUUACCACAAUUUACGAAAUCAUUGAACUUGUUAAAGCCAGCAUUAUUGAAUAAUGUUGACAUUGUAGCAGAUAACAAAGCUGAUAAAAUUAAUGGUCAGACCUUAUUAAAAGAUAUGAUGUAUACACAAUAUGAUUGGGAAAAAGAAAUAGGACUUGUUAAUUAAUGUGUACAAACUAUUUUGUUAUGAAAAUUAAAUUUCAGUUUUUAUGCAUUCUAACUAAUAAUAUUAAAUCUGAGUUAAAUAACUAAUAA